CUCCCUCUCCCCGCCUUCGUCCCGGCCCCGGCGAAGCAAUGGUGCUCCUUUUCUCUCCUCCGUUCCUCGCCGCGCGCUUCACGCCGUCGCAGGCGGCGGCGCCGCGCCGGCGCACCCGGGCCCGCGCCUUCUCCCCUUCCGCUGAUGCGCGGGCCCCGUGCUUCAGGAGGCCCUACACGUCCGUCCUGAUUGUCCCCACGGGCGUCGGCGCGGCCGUCGGGGGCUUCGCCGGCGACGCCCUCCCGGUGGCUAGAACCCUCGCCGCCGUAUCCGACUGCGUCAUAUCACACCCCAACGUGCUGAACGCUGCGAUGUUGUACUGGCCAAUGCCCAAUACGCUUUACGUGGAGGGAUACGCCCUUGAUAGGUUCGCGGAAGGAUCUUGGGCUCUCCAACCCGUUCACCAAAACAAGGUAGGCUUGGUGUUGGAUUCUGGAAUCGAGGAGGACCUCCGGCUUCGCCACUUGCAGGUUGCAGAUGCCGCGAGGGCGUCGCUUGGGCUGCCUGUAGUCGAGUACAUUGUUACUGAUGCUCCUCUGGAGAUCAAAACAUGGUUUGAUCCUAAGUGUGGAAAGUCGACGGGAAGUGUUGGGAACUCUGAUUCUCUGCUGAGAGCUGUUGACACAUUAGUGAACCAUGCAGAUGUCAAUGCGGUGGCAGUUGUUACACGCUUUCCAGAUGAUGAUCCAGAAGAUUCAGAUUGCUACCGGGAAGGGAAGGGCGUUGAUCUGCUGGCAGGAGUUGAAGCAAUUAUCAGUCACCUAAUUGUGAAAGAAUUCAAAAUCCCUGCUGCCCACGCUCCUGCAGUGUUACCCCCUCCACUCAGCCCAUUAGUAUGCCCUAGAUCUGCUGCUGAAGAGAUUGGAUAUACCUUUCUGCCUUGUGUGCUUGCUGGUUUAAGCAAUGCUCCACAGUAUGUCAUGAGGAGGCAAGGAACCUUGGACAGUGGUUGCAUGGUGGCUGGUGAUGUUGACAGUGUUAUUCUUCCAAAAGACUCUUGUGGAGGAGAUGGUACUCUUGCUUUUGCUCGAGCUGCAAGAAAGCACAAGCCCUUAAUCAUUACUGUACAGGAAAAUGAGACAGUGCUUGAUGAUACUCCAGACAAAUUUAGCAUAGAAGCGCUGAAUGUCAGGAACUACUGGGAAGCAAUUGGAGUCGUCGCUGCUCACAAGGCAGGUGUCAAUCCAAAUGCCCUUAGAAGACAGGGAAUUGAUCACCUUAAGAACCCUCGACGAUUAUACUCUCCCCACUCUUCAGGUCCUAGACCAUCUGCCCAUCCUCCAGUGCACGAGAAAUUGCAUAUAAAGGAACUAGCUGGACAAAUUUAGUGUUAGAAAGGACACUAAUAGUAGUAGUAGAAAUCAUUUUAGACAGGUUGCAAUUAGGAGCUUCCAAAUUUUGAAGCCACUGGUACAUAUUCCACAAAGGCCGUGCUGCAGUGGAAUCCUAUGCAUAGCAUCUACACCGAUUUUUGUUGUCACCCAGUGUAGAGUUAGCUGGUGGCAUGCAUGAAUCUUCCUCCCUGACCUUGCAUUGCUCCAACCUCCAAUCUCCAGUCAGUUUGUCAAUCAUUUACAUCAUUAUCUGUUCCAGGAAAACCAAGUGCUUGUAAUCAAUUUUUUUCCAACAUUGUUUGAGUACGUUGGAUGGAAGCAGUUGUACUGUUUUCUUUCCGUUCCACUGAACAUCAAAGUUUAUGCCCAACCGCCAAGCUGUUAUGGCCUGGUUUAUCACA